UCACGAAAGAUUAAAGAAAAGAAAAAGGUGGCUUCUAGGUUUUGGAAUCGGGGUGUUGGGUUGUCUGUGGUGACUGUAGAGCAUAAAUAAAGAAAGAAGUUAUUAUCUGUGUGUGUGGGUGUGAAGAGGUUGUGAAGAAACAGAAGAGAAGAGUCAUGGGUGGUGGUUCAGUGAAAGAGUUGAAAUCAAUGGAGGAAUUGGAUAACGUGCGCCAGAGUGGCGCACCGGUUAUCCUCCACUUUUGGGCUUCAUGGUGUGAAGCCUCUAAGCACAUGGACCAAGUUUUUUCACAACUCUCUACCGAUUUCCCUAAUGCCCAUUUCUUCAGAGUUGAAGCUGAAGAGCAACCUGAAAUAUCCGAGGCUUACUCUGUUGCCGCUGUACCUUAUUUUGUCUUCUUCAAGGAUGGUAAAAGUGUUGAUAAAUUGGAGGGUGCAGAUCCAUCUAGUUUGGCCAACAAGGUUGCCAAGGUUGCUGGAUCAGUAAACCCAGGAGAACCUGCAGCUCCUGCCAGCCUUGGGAUGGCUGCAGGAGCCACUGUCCUUGAAGCUGUGAAAGAGCUAGCACAGGAGAACGGCUCUUCUCAAUUGAACAACCAAGUGCAACCAGGACUUGGUGAUGCACUUAAAAAGCGACUGCAGCAGCUGAUUGACUCUCAUCCUGUAAUGUUAUUUAUGAAAGGAAGCCCUGAAGAGCCGAAGUGUGGAUUCAGUAGGCAAGUUGUUGACAUUUUGAAAGAUGAAAAGGUUACAUUUGGAAGUUUUGACAUUCUUUCUGACAAAGAAGUUCGUGAGGGAUUGAAGAAAUUCUCUAACUGGCCAACAUUCCCUCAGCUCUACUGUAAAGGAGAACUUCUUGGUGGGUGUGACAUAGCAAUUGCUAUGCACAAGAGUGGUGAACUAAAAGACAUUUUCCGAGAUCAUGGGAUUGAAACUGUUGAUGGAAGUGGAAAAAGUGGCAUCUGUGGAUCAACUGGCUUAAGCACAACUGUUGCCUCUCGGCUGGAAAGCCUGAUUAAUUCAACUCCUGUGAUGCUGUUUAUGAAGGGAAAACCAGAAGAACCCAAGUGUGGAUUCAGUGGGAAGGUAGUUGAAAUCCUCCAACAAGAAAAAGUUGACUUUGGGAGUUUUGACAUACUCACUGAUGAAGAGGUUCGCCAAAGUCUUAAAGUUUAUUCAAACUGGUCUAGUUAUCCCCAACUAUAUAUCAAGGGUGAACUUAUUGGUGGAUCAGACAUUGUCUUGGAGAUGCAAAAGAGUGGGGAACUUAAGAAGGUUUUGGCUGAAAAAGGUGUUAUCAAUCAGAAAGAGACCCUUGAAGAUCGACUGAAGAAUUUAACUAAGUCAUCACCAGUGAUGCUCUUCAUGAAGGGUACUCCGGAUGCUCCUAGAUGCGGUUUCAGUUCCAAAGUUGUCAAUGCCCUUAGGGAGGAGGGUGUGAGUUUUGGGUCAUUCGAUAUUUUAAGCGACGAGGAAGUGAGGCAGGGAUUAAAAGUCUACUCUAACUGGCCAACCUUCCCCCAGCUAUACUCCAAUGGCGAGCUGAUAGGGGGUUGCGACAUUGUGAUGGAGCUAAAGAACAAUGGAGAGCUGAAAUCCACCCUAUCAGAGUAGGGUUGAUGCAAUUUUUCAUCAAUUAAUACAAGAUAAACCUGGGAUAAAUUUCAUUUUAUCUUUGGCAGAGUUGCCCUGGACAUAAUGCAUGUUGCAAAAGUUUGCUUGAUGUAAGCUAUGGUGACUUAAUAUCAUAUGGUUUUCUGCUAUAACUAGUGUUGCAUACUUUGUGCUAAGCUGUAUGAUGAAGUUUGUACUUGAAUGUUUUCAAGUUGGUGAA